UAAGAAUAAGAAAAAAAGUCCUGUUUUUUCUUAUUCUUCAUGUUUGGGGUGAGAUGAGGUAAUGAGCAAAUGGUUGUUCUGUUAGGAGGAGAGAAGAUGGAGGGGGAGAAGGAAGCUGAGCUCUCCCAGCAGAAGAAAAGAACAGUUGCUGGUUGUCAUUACAGCAGUACAAAGUGCACACCCUUUGCCCCUCCCUAAAGAAAGGGCAAGGAGACAGGAGCAGGAACAGCUGGGAAGAAGGAAAGCGAACCCCAGAACUUCUCCUUGAUUGACCACAUCAUCUCCCUGCCGACAUGAUAAACUAGUCUGGGGGUGAGUAUCUGACAACCAAACCCCACUGCAUGUUCCCAGGCUGCCCUUGACCCAAGCAGGACUAUUUUCAUUCAAUUCCCAGUAAUGUGUAUAGAGGAGUCUUUUAACUCUUCCUCUUCCUCUUCCUUGCCUUCCCCCACCAUUUGGCUGAAAGUCAAGCACCUAUGGGAAUGCUGUUAGCUCUGGGAGAGGAGCUCCCAUGGGUGUCAGUGGAGGUGUUCGCUGGGCACCCAAAGGAGGACUUGGAGCAAUGGCUUCUGUCCUUGUCUGUCACCUCGGUGCCAUUCAUGGGCCACUCUUGAUGCAGCACCAGGAAAGUGGACCUUCACAUGAACGUGAGAUUAUGUCCCACUCAAUGACUGAGGGACCUCUCCAUAUUUCAUGGAGCUCCAUUAUUCUUUCUGCUGAAUAGUGAAUACAUGAAGCAGGGAAACAUUUCUGAAAAGGUGACUUGUUUUGCUUUAAUUUGACAAUUUUAAGGAGGAAGGUUUGUGGGAAUAAUAAGUUCAAUUCUUCAGUGGAGCACAUUUUCAUUUGACUGACUGCCUUGUUUUAAUAGUUCUUUUAACUGCUCAACGUGUUUCAUCAUUUUUUAUAUAUUUUACUUUGUAAUGGCUUUGGCUACAGAUGUUUUAUUUAUUUAACAAAAUACUGCCUGAUUGUAGAAGAACCUCAAAGCAGUUUAUGAAAAAGAUAAAAACAAUUAAAUUAUCCCUUAAAAAUUAAAACUAUAAUUUAAAACAUUCAAAAAGUUAAAACUGCAGUAGGCUAGACUAAAACAAAUGAAAAGCCAUAGAAACUUUCUAAUCAUCUGGGUUGUCUUGUCUAAAUAAGGCACUGAAAAGAAGACUCUGAAGGUGCCUGCUUGGGAUCAAUAGGAAGGUAGCUCCAAUGUUUUCGUGCCACUACACUACAUGAUUGAGUUAUGACAGAUGUAGGGGAGGUGUUAUGUGGCACCAGUAAAAGUGCCAAUUCCUCCAAUCGAAGCAGUCAAGUGGGCACAUAUGGGGUUAGGUGAUCUUGUAGGUCAAUGAUGAAUGAAUGUGCAAACUAAUUUUUCAUUUGAGUUUUACAGUUUCAGGCAGUGGGACUGUUAUACAAAAAUUUGGGGUUGACUUUUAAAGCCCAGCUCUCUGUCAAGGGACCCAGGAUCCCUUAAGUCCAUUAUCAUCAGAGAAGAAUGAGUGGAGGGAGGAACCAGUGGAGGAAAGCAAAGAAAAUAUUUGAUGUCUGUUGCAACAGAGUCCUCCCUCUCCCACCCCCGCCCUGUAAGGAAGUGAGGGGACCCAGAACAAAACUUUUUAGAAAGUUUAGAUUUUAGAAAUUGUACAGCCCUUAACCAAGGACCACCGAAAGUCAUCAUACAGGUACAGCACCAAGCAUUUUGUGUGUGUUUGAUUGGCGUGUGAACGUGCAUACACUGUUUGGGGCCCAGAAUAGGGACAGACUUGCAUGCACUCUGCCAACAUGGGGAGUGACGUGGACAGGGAGUUGCCUGUACAAACUGUUGUGUAUUGAGUCAAAGGAUUUUAUAUCUGUAUUAUUAUUGUCUGUAUUUGCAUUAGGGUAAAGUAACUGCCUUUUGGUUUCAGAGGGUACAGCUACUAUUGGUUCAUUUAAGCUGCUGUAUUUGGAUCCUCUGUCUUGGUUUCCUCCAAAAGGCAGGACUGUGAUUGCCUGAUAUUGUUCCCUCCAAAAUGUAUCCUUUCUAGCUAGUCCCCUGUCCCUAUAAAUGUAGCUUUCCCCUCCUCAGUCUUCAGUCUUGUUUGCUUUAAUAAAGAAGUGUUACUAGAGAACUGUCUCCAGCGUAUUAUGUCAAGAGAGCUGAAAUCACAAACCCCACGUCACAACAACUGGCGACGAGGAUGGGAUCCGGAAUGCUGAGGAGCGGUUGACCGCAGCCCUGCCUCAGAGUCCAGAGCUAAGAACAAGACUCACUGGCCAGCUGAGAAGUCGACCCUGCCACAGGACAAUGGAGAGUUCAAGGGUAUUGGAGCCCUUCCAGCCAUCAGAGCCCCACACGUGGGAAGACUACGUCGAACGCUUCGAGUUCUUCGCAGUGGCUCAAGGGAUCACCGAUGCCAGCAAAAGAAGGGCCACAUUCCUGAGCUACUGUGGGCCUGAGACCUUCAAGCUGGCCAAGGCAUUGCUUGCUCCAGCGAAGCUAAGUGAGACAUCUCUCAAAGAUAUUCUUGCCUGCCUAACAAGCCACUUGGCGCCUACUGAGACCAAGAUGGCCCGGCGGAUGGAGUUUCAUAAGAGGCAGCAGUGUGCUGGGGAGUCUGUAUCUGCAUUUCUAGCUGAACUGCGGAAGCUCGCUCAGCACUGCGACUUCCAAAAUCUGGAAGAGACUCUCCUGGAUCGGUUUAUCGGUGGUCUGAGCAGCAAGAAAGCCAGAAGACGCAUCGUGGCUAAAGAAGAGGUUACCCUUGCUUCAGCCUUGAAGGAGGCCACCGCCACGGAGAAUUAUGAAAGAGAGGAGCUUGAUGCCAGUCGCAAGGCCCCUAAGCCACAGAUAGAAGUUGCGCAUGCCAUGGACGAGCUAGAGGCUACUCCGAGCCAGAGCCCAGUCCGUGGGGUCGAGUCAGUGUGUCAGGCCUGCACAGUGCACAAAGAUCACCGAGGCAGGUGUCCAGGUUGUGGCGGAAACCAUGAGCGGAAGAGUUGUCGUUUCCGGGAUGCUAUGUGCCGGACAUGCGGGAAGACAGGUCACAUCGCCAGGGUCUGUAGAUCGGCGGCGUUGGGAGCGACAGGAGCACCUAGACUGGAGCAUCGCAGACCGCCCACAGCAACCCAUUUUCUAAAGGACUGCCACUACGUAACGGAGAUCAACGGGAGGGUCGUGCAGUUCCCAGUGCAAGGCAAGGCACACGUCAAGGUGAAGAUUGAGGGUCAGCAGUGCGACAUGGAGGUGGACUCCGGAUCUGGAUUCACUAUCGUGUCGGACCAGACCGCGAGGACAUUCUUCCCCAGGGGUAAGUUGCCCCCCUCUGGAACCCUUCCCGGCAACCUUGCAGUCAUACUCAGCGGGCCGCAUCCAUGUUAUGGGAAUGUGUGCCGUGAGAGUACAGUUCCGGGACAAACAGGCUGUACUCAAACUGGUGAUUGCGAAGGGCAGUCGCCCCAGUCUCCUGGGCACUGACUGGUUCCCCGCCCUGGGACUGAGUAUAUCAGGGCUUAAUUCAAUCCAAACCUGCCCUGAGAUGAGCGAGGCAUUAUGCAAAGAAUUUGCUGGUCUCUUUAAUGGAAAACUGGGUUGUUAUAAAGGGCCCCCAGUUGACUUUGAGUUGGACCCUGGGGUGGCCCCAAUCCGACUCAAACCAAGGCGAGUGCCAUUUGCACUGCAACCCAAGAUCGAAGCAGAGCUGGAUAAAUUGGUCAAGCAGGGAGUUCUCUCACCCGUGGACUCUGCUAAGUGGGAGACUCCAAUCGUCACGCCCCUUAAAACAAAUGGGGAAGUCAGGAUCUGUGCAGAUUACAAAUGUACUAUCCAUAAGGCACUCAGGGGAAACUCAUACCCCAUUCCAGUCGUAUCACAUCUGUUGGCUAAACUGGCUGGGGGCAAGGUGUUCACCAAAAUUGACCUGGCACAAGCUUACCAACAGCUGCCAGUAACCCCACAAUCAGCGGAAGCACAGACUAUUGUCACACAUAAAGGGGCUUUCAGAGUUAACAGAUUACAAUUUGGAGUUUGUGUGGCCCCAGGGAUUUUUCAAGGGCUCAUGGAACGCCUGUUAAGAGGUCUGCCGGGGGUCUUUCCAUUUUUUGAUGACGUUUUGAUUGCUGGAAAAGACCCACAGGAACUGGUUGCGCGUGUCCGUGCAGUGUUGCUCAAGUUCAAGGAGGUGGGGUUGCAAAUGAAAAAGGAAAAAUGCAGUUUUGGGGUGCCAGCUGUGGAUUUCUUGGGGUUUAAAAUUGAUGCAUCAGGCAUCCACCCCACAGAUGCUAAGAUUAAGGCCAUCAUCAAGGCACCACGACCACAGAACAAGACGGAGUUGCAGUCAUUCCUGGGACUUAUUAACUUUUAUCAUUCGUUCUUACCCCAGAAAGCUUCGGUAGCUGAACCAUUACAUAGACUGUUGCAGAAAAAGAAUGUGUGGCGAUGGGGGCAGGAGCAGCAGAAGGCUUUUGACUCCUUGCGAGGAAUGCUGAGUAGCAGGAGCGUCCUUGCUCAUUAUGAUGAGUCAAAGCCGCUGGUCCUGGCAUGUGAUGCCUCUCAAUACGGCCUGGGGGCGGUGCUGAGUCAUAGGGAACCGGAUGGGUCGGAAAAGCCCAUCUCUUUCUAUUCCCGUACGUUGUCGCCCACGGAGUGCAACUAUGCUCAAAUUGACAAAGAGGAACUUGCAAUUGUGGCAGGAAUCAAAAAGUUCCAUGAUUAUGUGUACGGUCGCCAUUUCUCCAUUGAAACGGACCACAAACCACUGUUAGGGUUGUUCAACCCGAACAAACAAACGCCACAAAUUCUCUCCCCCAGAAUGUUGCAUUGGUCUAUAUUCCUGAACGGGUUCCAGUACACCUUGACCCAUGUGCCGGGGAAACGGUUGUGCCACGCUGAUGCGCUGAGUUGAUUGCCCCUUCCUGGCGGGAGCAAUGAGGAUCCCGCUCCAGCGGAGCACAUAAUGAUGCUGGAAACACUUCCUUUUUUUUUUUUUUUAAAUAAUAUUUAUUAAGAUUUUCAAAAAAAAAAUACAGAAAGCAAGAAUUAAAAUACGUUCAUAGCCUUAUUUUCAUAUAUCCACUUUCUGGGACUCCCCCCUUCCCCCACCCCUACCAUAUUCCUUUUUCAUAUUGUUGGCUCCACAAGCUCUCAGUUCUGAUUAAAAACUUAAUUUGUUUAAACCAUUAUUCGAAUUUAAAGUUUCUACACUCCACAUCAAUACCCUUAAUGAAACACAAAAAAUUUCUUUCCCAGGGCCCACCCCAUUUUCAUUCCACAAUUUCCCUUUUUUUUAAUAAUAAAGACACCCCACAUAGUAGAAGUAUCAGAAAUAAGAAAUAAAGAGUAUAAUAGAUGAGACAAAACCAGUUCAAAAAAAAGAAGUUAACAAGCCUUUGGAUUUUAGUUCUCCCCCCCUGUCCCCGGUUUAAUUUCCCCCUGACCACCAAACCAUGUUAUCCGCCUGGAAUUCUUACAAUCCAUAAAUCACCUAUUUCCCCCAACUCCUUGCUGUUUUUUUUUUUUUUUUUUUUUUCCCUUUCAUAAUUAUUUUUAGAACACUUAACUUCAGAUCGUUAAUAAAGCUCCCCCCAUUGUUCUUUCCAAAUUAUAGUCCAGUUUCCUCUUGUUCCGCUGCUGAAACGUUCUAAUUCAGAAGCUUAGUAAGUCUGCAGGGGUUAUUGUUAUUCAGGAACAAAAACUUGCGUUCAGUCCCUUCCUUUCUUCAAUAGAAAAUUCUAUUGUCUCCUUUAGCUGAACACCCUGUAGACAAAAUAUUAUUUCCGUUUUGCAGCUUUCCCAGAAGAUAACCAGUCCUGUAAAAUUCCAAUGGUGUUUUUCCACUUACGACCAUCUUUGUAAUGUCCCGAAACUCCUCUAGGGGGAUUGUUGUAACUUUGUCUUCUCUAGUCCAAAAGUCCGAUUGUUAUCCAUGUUUUCGCCAUUUUGUAUCCAAGUUUUAACAAGUUGUAGCAAAUUGAAACAAAUUUAGCCAGCAAAGUUCUCAUAAUAAAAUCCUCUCUGCUUUCCGACUUUGACAGCUACUUUGACAGCUGUCAAAAUCUCCGACUCUUUUCACCAGGCUCUCUCUUCAAUCACCCCGGUUCCCAGGGGGGGGGGGGUUGCGUUUCUUCUCCCUCAAUUCGUCCUCCAGCACAGUUCUUAUGAUUCCCCAUCGUGGAAUUCUUAAUUUUUAUCAGCAAUACAAAUCUUUUUGGACCUUGGUUUCCCCGUCCUUGUCUUGAAAGGUUUACAAUAGGGGGGGGGGCUGACUUCCUUUUUAGAUCCCCCCCCGCUCGUAUCCAAUUCAAAAAGAAAUUCUUUUUUUCCUCCUUUUAAACCCAGUUUCCAAAUUACUCACGGGUUGUUGUCUAAAAGUCCGAAUUUUCAAUAGAAGAAGUCAGCGCUCUCCGCUGGAUGGCAUGCGGCUGCGCUCGGCAGGGAUAGCAGAGGACUCAAAGCACCACGCUUCUCCCCGGCACCCGAUCCGUAGCCUUUAAAAAGGCUCCUUCACGAGUCGGGAGGGCGCUAGCGGUGCCAGCCGAGUCUCCAUGUCCACGACCCUCGUGGCCGUGGUUUUUAAGGGUCCCCGCAUCGCCGGUGCGGUAGGACCCAGCCCCUGCCGAGCAGGCUCCCUCCGGAGCUCGGAGGGAGUCCGCCAUUCGGCGAUGGCGCCAACCCGGAAGUCGAUGCUGGAAACACUUCCGGGGGCCCCUGUAACGGCUACUGAUAUAGCUGAGAAAACGAGGAAAGAUGCUGUUCUCUCCCGUGUGAUCCUCUGUCUUAUUGGUUUCCUCCAAAAGGCAGGACUGUGAUUGCCUGAUAUUGUUCCCUCCAAAAUGUAUCCUUUCUAGCUAGUCCCCUGUCCCUAUAAAUGUAGCUUUCCCCUCCUCAGUCUUCAGUCUUGUUUGCUUUAAUAAAGAAGUGUUACUAGAGAACUGUCUCCAGCAUAUUAUGUCAAGAGAGCUGAAAUCACAAACCCCACGUCACAACACAAACAACACAUAAAAGGGUUGCACUUGUAAAUCAGACCAUGCUCAGAAUAUUCUUUUUGUCCAGCAUGUUUAUAAAUCUGUCACUCAGAAAUCUGAACAAUACAUGCUAAUUGUUUUUCCGGGGCUUGCCAGAGCAUACUUUGGAAAUGGUGAAUACCUUGGUGUCAGAGUUUAUUGACAUAGACUGGCCCCUUUUCAAAUACAGUGAUUUGAAAGUAUAAAGGUAUUAUGUACUGAGUUAUGGAAGAAUGAUUUUACCAAGAAGUUCCUUCUACCUACAUGGAGGGGUCCCACAGUUCAGCUGGAGGCUAAAGAUGGCCUCACUCUUGCUUUGUGAAUUGUCUUAAUUUUAUACACUCAAAUACAAGUUCUAGUUUUUAUGGGAGUAUUUCCUAAUUUUUUGAAGGCUGAAGGAUUGGUUUUCUGUGGUGAGUAUGUGCCUACUAUGUGUGAGCACCUUAAUGUGUGAGGACCUAUUAUGGAAGAUACGUUUCAUAAGAAAGUGAAAUGCAGAGUUAGUUUUACUGGAAGGGUGUGGAAAUGCUCAAUACUGAAUAGUUUCUACCUUACAGGCAUUUCCCUGCCUCUCAUCUCAACAAAGCUACAAACUCUUCCUCUAUCAUGGGCUCAUCCUCAUCCACUGAUAUCAGAGAAGAAGCCACAUGCCCCAUCUGCAAGGAAUAUUUGACAGACCCUGUGACGGUGGACUGUGGUCACAACUUCUGCCGGGACUGCAUUGUAAAGUAUUGUGACACAUGGGAACCAAUGCAGGUGGGGGACUUGGAGUGUCCUGUCUGCAAAGCCCGGAUGCAGAGAGGGAGUUUCCGCCCCAAUUGGCAGUUGGGAAAUAUAGUAGAAAAAAUAAAAAUCACGGCACCAAAUAAAGGGGAAAAUGAUCUGUGUAAGAGACACAAGGAAAAACUCCACUUGUUCUGCAAAGAUGAAGAAUUGGUGUGUUUCGUUUGUGAGCGAUCCCCAGAACAUAAAUCACACACUGUGGUUCUCAAGGAUGAGGUUGCCCAGGAAUACAAGGUAGGAAGUCAUUUUGACACUUGCUAAUGAGGCAUCUGAUCAAGGCCUGUAUUUUAAAAUGAGCUUAAAGAUUUGCAAAUGUUUCAUGCCAGGCAGAAAACCAGCUGGCUAAGGACUUUGGCAGAUGUUUUCCUCCUGGACAAGGGCCCCCCUGAUUUAUAGCAGGAGCCAAAAUUCUAAAAGUUGUAAAAGGGAAUUAUAGGCUGGGAGCAAAGGUUACACUGACCCUACAUAUUACAGAAUAAAAUCAAGCUGCAAAAACACUAAUUAAGAGUUAGUAAAUAGUAGGAUUUAUUGUUUAACAGAAAAUAAUACCAUGUGCCUCCCAUUAGAGACUAGCCACAUUUUCCUAAGGUUAAAGGGCAAGAGCUAAUGGGAAAAGCAGCUGGCCGGGAAAGGGGGGUGUAAACUGAAGAGUUUUACUUUGCAAAGGCCUUUUCUUCUAAAAAGCUAUCUAAGUUAAUGUAUGAGAUUUGUUGGCUUAAAUGUAAUUAUGCAAAGGAUUUAGAAAGUAAGAAAUGUUAGAUUCUUAUGUUAGAUUAUUAUUUCAUUGAUGGUGUGUGAGAAUGUGAACCCAAGAUCUCUGUUUAAGACAAAAUGUAAGACCAUGAGCCAUCUGUUUUAGCCAUCUAUUUUGGAAUGGAGGGGCAACAAGGGCAAAAGGUGAUCUGGUAAUUAAGGUGCCUUGUCGAGGCAAAUGUAAGAUAUAUGGCUGCUUGUCUGCCAUUUAUGGAUAGAAGGAAAUAUAGCUCUUUGUCUCCCAUAAAAGGUAAUAGGAAAUGGGUGUAUCUUUUAUGAUUGGUUCUAGCAAACAGCCAAUAGGAAUUUCAACCAGGCUGAUUGGACAGAGGCAGCCAAAGGAGGAGCAAGGGGGCUGGGCUGAGGAAAUAUAAGUGCUGACCAUCAGGGCUGGAGUGGGCAGAGCUUUGGUAACCAUAUACCACUGUGCCUAUCAUUUAUUUGUCUGACAAAUAAAUUAUUAUUUUAAUUUCUCUAUUGCUGCGUUGAAUAUUUCAUUCCAGCUAAGCGUUAACCACAAGCAGGGUGCUACACUAACACAACACUUUCAUAUCUUUCUGUGUGUCUGUGUGCAGAAUAUGCUGUCAAUGUGGCUAUGAAGCAAACAUAAUAAAUUGCUAAUCUGCACCUUAAUGUAAUCAAAAAUUGGGCCUAGUCUCUGUGCUUUUCAAAAACAAACAUUUUGUUCUGCUUCAAAGUCAACUUUUUAAAAUGUGAUUUUGUUUUUUGAAGCACCAUUUUUUCUGCACUUGUGCCAAAGGGUUCCUGUGUAAUGUAGUAAUAAUAAUGUUAUGUAAUAAGCGUAAUAGAAUGAAAGUUCUCAAGCAACUCUUGAAUUUUAAACGUACAGCAAAAAAAAAUCCUAGAAGCUCCCAGAACAUUUAUCAGGGGGAUAUUUUUCUGCACUUGUGCCAAAGGGCUCCGGUGUAAUGUAGUAGUAAUAAUAAUAAUAAUCAUGCUGGUUAAUAGGAGUAAUAGAAUGAAAGUUCUCAAAUGAGCCUUGAAUUUUAAACGUACAGCAAAAAACAAACAAACAGAAAAAACCCUAGAAGCUCCCAGAGCAAUAAUCAGAUAAAAAUCUAAUAGUAGGGGACCACACAAUAAAAAUAUAUGUAGAAUACUGAAGGUCCCCACUCCCAGUCCUAAUCCAAUCUGAUAUUUGGUUUUCUCUUUAGACACUCAUCUGUGAUCGCCUGGAGCAUUUGAAGAGAGAGAGAGAGAAAAUUCUGGCUUAUGAAGCAGAAGUAGGAGAAGAAAGCAACAGCCUGCUUGUAAGUGUCACAAUUACUACUAAGAGAUCCAAGUAUACUUGAAGGACCAAGGAUGGAUCUAUACUGAUAUGGAAAACACUAUAAAAAACACUAUUUUACAAAUUAGUUCUCAGUGCAAUUUCUCAUUGGGACAGAUCACAACUCUAUAGGGGCCCCCUGGUGUAACAUGUUUGUAAUGCAUAUAUAACCUUAUUAGUCCAGUGUAGUUGAGUCCCAAGUCAUGAUGUAGCCCCAUUCCUGAGUGAUUUACCAUAACAUUGUUAAUGAAUGUCUUUCUAAAGACUCUGGCCUCUUCUUUUCCUUCUUCUUCCUGCUUCUUGCAGAAAUCAACAGAAACUGAGAGGCAAAAGACCAUGCAGAAGUUCAGACAACUGCACCUGUUUCUGGAAGAACAAGAAAAGCGUCUGCUGAAUGAGAUAGAAGAGAUGGAGAAGGAGAUCACAAGAAGAAGGGAGGAGCACCUGGCUAGACUCUCAGAGGAACUCUCCUCUCUUGAAAGGAGCAUCCGGGAGAUGGAGGAGAAGAGUCAGCAGCCAGCAAGUCAACUCCUGCAGGUGAGACUGUGGCAGGAAUAGCCCAAAGUUCCUCUCUCAGGGUUUAACCACACCUACCUUUUGCUGCACUCUUUCCAGGCACAGGGCAGUGCUUUCCCAGUCCCUACCAAAGCUUUCUUCCCCUCAGGCACAUGAUUUUGAGGGGGUGUGAGCCAGGCGCCCCCUUGCAGGGAUCCCACCCUGCCUGGUGCCAGGGGUCUUGUCACCACACCCCUGGCCCCCUCGCGGAAUGGCAGUGUUGGGGGGAAGCACUAGCCAAGGGCUGCAUCUGUUAAAAUCAUCUUGGUUAGAUUAUCCUUGGAAUACCUUCCAACAGUACAAAUCUAUCAAAAGCAAAGAUCAGUGCAAUAAGAAUGACAAUACUGCCAAGUUUUUUAGUUUUGUUUCUUACUCUUCCUCUCUCAGUUGACUUGAGGGAAUUGAAAAGCUGACAGAACAGUAUAGAUAAUUUUAUUUGGCAAUGUAAGUGUCCCAGAGUUGAUAAUGUUAAUAUGCAAACUGUCCCACAGAAGAGAGGAUUGGCAGUACCUGAUUUAACUAAGUAGUGUGAAGCUGCUUAGCUAACUUUGUUAAAGUUCAGGAUAUCUCAGAAAAAGCAACUCUUUCAGUUGGAACAGUUAUCCACAAAUCCCCCACUGGCCAAGAUACAUGGGAUACCUAGGAACAUUUAAAAUAAAAAAGAACUGAAUUUAAGAUUGGAAAAUAAUGGAGAGAAACCAGAAUUGUUAGAUGCAUCCAUACCUAUCCAGUGAAUUCCAUUCUGAGUUUCCUCUUUUCCCUUCUAGGAUAUUAGAAGAACUUUGCAGAGGUAAGGGGAUCCUGCUCACCUCCAUUAAUAUCACUCCCUGAAACUUCACAGGUAAACCGAGGACCCCUCCUUGAGCUUCUGGCGCCCCACUUCCUCCUCCACAGAUCAGGGCCAAAGAACUGAAGGAGGGAUCGAACAAGAUAUAUUCUAAACCCCAAAUUGUGUAGAAAAGUAAUUAAUUAAGUUUGUUUGUUUGCAAAUGUAUUCCCAAAGCCAAGCCUGUUGCAAAUGUAAUUGCUAAUUGCCUCUUGGAGAUGUUAUAUAAAUGGUGCUUUAACACGGGGCCUACUCUGUAUUUAAAGUGCCUUUUGGGGGAAAAGUUGCACUUAAUUUUGUUUUGCUGGACUUUAGUCUAACAAACUCUGAGGUUUUUUCUAAAAUCAAGCAGUAUAUAUAUUUUAUGAAGUAAGCAAGCAACAGUAUAUAUAUUUUAUGAAGUAAGCAAGCAACAGCAUUGGAGGGGCAGGCACAGCCAAUCCAUAUCCCUCCACCAACUAAUUUUUUCUAAAACCAAGGCCUAACCGCAACCUUACAAGUUGUGAUGAUUUGCUACACAGUAGGCAAAAACCAAAUGGCAUCAGCCAAAUGGACAAAAUUCCUACCAGAUCCCUUCCCCAAAAGCAGAUGACACCAUGACAGACAUAGCAAGGUCAAACGCAACAAACGCCCCAAAAUUAGGGAGGGUGGGCGGGUGAUCCGAUGUGCACAGCAAAAAGAAAAAGCUCGACGCUAUGCGCAGGGAAUAUAUUCAACCCAGGCUGUCAAUCAAAUUUGGCAACAUCAAACUCUCCCUAGCAACCCGAGGAAUCCAAUCACACUUUGGGCCAACCAAACCAACUUGCCCAGCAACAGGGGGUGUCUGGUUCACCCCACUGCAACCCGUGCUCUCCAUGAAGGAGAACACGCUUUGCCAGAUUUUGAGUUACCAGUUGGGAAAUAAUCUACAGUGGUACCUUGGUUUACAAACUUAAUCCUUUCCGGAAGUCCAUUCUUAAACCAAAGCGUUCUUAAACCAAGGUGUGCUUUUCCAUAGCAGCGGGGGACUCGAUUUACAAAUGGAACACACUCAACAGGAAGCAGAACAUGUUCUGCUUCCAAGGCAAAGUUUACAAACCAAAACACCUAAUUCUGGGUUUGCAGUGUUCUUCAUCCAAGUUGUUCAUAAACUAAGCUGUUCUUAAACCAAGGUACCACUGUAUUAAUUUUAGGGGUAUUAAUUAUAUUGACAUCCCAGGUGAAAUUAAGGAUACUUUAUGGCAGUACUGCGCCUUUUACCACAGAUGAUUGCCAAACUAAUUAGUGUUAUUUCCCGUCAUGUUUUGUUUUACUUAUAUAAUAUUUAUAAUGUUGUUCUUUAAGGGCCUGGAUUGGCUUUUGACAAAAAUAAAAAUAUGUUUCUUCUGUAUAUUCAUGAAAGAUCUGGCUUAACCUAUGAGGACUCGGGCGCAACAGCCGAGGAUAUCUAAGUUGUCAGCAAUAUCCUACCAACCUCAAGACAAAAAUACUUGGAGUUUAGAAAGGUAUAUUCUGGGUGUGUUUUUUUAGCAUGUAGUAAAACCCUUUUAGGGACACGGGUGGCGCUGUGGGUUAAACCACAGAGCCUAGGACUUGCCGAUCAGAAGGUCGGCGGUUCGAAUCCCCGUGACGGGGUGAGCUCCCAUUGCCCGGUCCCUGCUCCUGCCAACCUAGCAGUUCGAAAGCACAUCAAAGUGCAAGUAGAUAAAUAGGUACCGCUCCGACGGGAAGGUAAACGGCGUUUCCGUGUGCUGCUCUGGUUCGCCAGAAGCGGCUUAGUCAUGCUGGCCAGAUGACUCAGAAGCUGUACGCCGGUUCCCUUGGCCAAUAAAGAGUCACACACAGUUACCUCUCACCUCUGGGGCUACAAAAAAGAGAGCAGGAGUUGGGCUGUUUACCAUGUUUACCAUGUUCCUGAACAUAUCUCAGCUGCAAUAUGUAACUUCAAGGUGUCACUUGGGUUCAUGAUAAGAGGAUAGAAGGAACAUUUUACUUUUGUCAGCAGCAGCAAUCAUCUUUUUCUCCUCCACAUUUUUCUUGCAUGUUGUAGGUAAUGCAGCCAAAAUUGAAAAGCUCUGAGCAGGGUGGUCUCACUUGAUUCUACUUCUCCAUUUGAGUAGAUGUUAAGUGAGGAGACUCAGAGACCUGAGGCUGCUCCUUUUUUUUUUUUUUUUUAAAUGAUAUUUAUUAAGAUUUUCAAAAGUACAGAAAGUAAAGAUUAAAGUACAUUCAAAGCCUUAUUUUCAUACAUCCACUUUCCGGGACUCCCCCCUUCCCCCACCCCUACCAUAUUCCCCUUUCAUAUUGUUGGCUCCACAAGCUCUCAGUUCUAAUUGAAACUUAAUUUGUUUAGACCAUUAUUCGAAUUUAAAAUUUAUACACUCCUCAUCAAUACCCUUAAUAAAAAACAAAAGUUCUCUCCCCAGGGCCCACCCCAUUUUCAUUCCACAAUUUCCCUUUUUUUAAUGAUAAGGACACCCCACACAAUAGAAAUAUAAGAAAUAAGAAAUAAAAAGUAUAAUAGAUGAAAAAGAGCCAAUUCAGAAAAAAAAAUUGACAAGCCUUUGGAUUUUAGUUCUCCCCCCCCGUCCCCGGUUUAAUUUCCCCCUGACCACCAAACCAUGUUAUCUGCCUGGAAUUCUUAAAGUCCAUAAAUCACCUAUUUCCCCCAACUCCUUGCUGGCUUUUUCUUUUUAUAGUUAUUUUUUAAGACAUUUAACUUCAAAUCUUUAAUAAAACUCCCCCCAUUGUUCUUUCCAAGUUGUAGUCCAAUUUCCUCUUGUUCCGCUGCUGAAACGUUCUAAUUCAGAAGUUUAGUAACUCUGCAGGGAUUAUUGUUAUUCAGGAACAAAAACUUGCGUUCAGUCCCUUCCUUUCUUCAAUAGAAAAUUCUAUUGUCUCCUUUAGCUGAACACCCUGUAGACAAAAUAUUGUUUCCGUUUUGCAGCUUUCCCAGAAGAUAACCAGUCCUGUAAAAUUCCAAUGGUAUUUUUCCACUUACGACCAUCUUUGUAAUGUCCCGAAACUCCUCUAGGGGGAUUGUUGUAACUUUGUUUUCUCUAGUCCAAAAGUCCGAUUGUUAUCCAUGUUUUCGCCAUUUUGUAUCCAAGUUUUAACGGGUUAUAGCAAAAUGUAACAAAUUUAACCAGCAAAGUUCUCAUAAUAAAAUCCUCUCUGCUUUCCGACUUUGACAGCUACUUUGACAGCUGUCAAAAUCUCCGACUCUUUUCACCAGGCUCUCUCUUCAAUCACCCCGGUUCCCGGGGGGGGGGGGUUACGUUUCCCUUCUCCCUCAAUUCUUCCUCCAGCACAGUUCUUGUAGUUCCCCAUCGUGGAAUUCUUAGUUUUUAUCAGCAAUACAAAUCUUUUUGGACCUUGGUUUCCCCAUCCUUGUUUUGGAAGGUUUACAGUAGGGAGGGGGACUGACUUCCUUUUUGGAUCCCCCCCCGCUCGUAUCCAAUCCGAAAAAAAAUUCUUUUUUUUCUCCUUUUGAACCCGGUUUCCAAAUUACUCACGGGUUGUUGUUAAGAAGUCCGAAUUUUCAAUGGAAGAAGUCAGCGCUCUCCGCCGGAUGGCAUGCGGCUUCGCUCGGCAGGGAUAGCAGAGGACUCAAAGCACCACGCUUCUCCCCGGCACCCGAUCCGUAGCCUUUAAAAAGGCUCCUUCACGAGUCGGGAGGGCGCUAGCGGUGCCAGCCGAGUCUCCAUGUCCACGGCCUCCGUGGCCGUGGUUUUUAAGGGUCCCCGCAUCGCCGGUGCGGUAGGACCCAGCCCCUGCCGAGCAGGCUCCCUCCGGAGCUCGGAGGGAGUCCGCCAUUCGGCGAUGGCGCCAACCCAGAAGUCUGAGGCUGCUCCUUUGGCUGUUCAGGUGUCUGGCUUUGGAGUCCAUAGCAAGGAGGAAUCUUCUCCCCUCGUUGCCCACCUCUCCUUCUUGGCUUUCUGCAGUUUCCUUCCUCCUUUCAAUUCCUUUCUUUUGCUGCACUCAGAAAUUCUGGAUUUGAAUGGGUUAGCCUUUAUUUUCCCCAUCAGGUAUGAGCAAAAGGGGACAUCUGAAAAUCCACCGACUUUUCCAACAGAAUUGAAGAGGAAGAUCUCAAAAUUUUGGAUUGCAAAUCCCAUUCUAUAUGUUGAGAUGGAGGAAAUAAAAGGUAAUGAAGAAUGGCUGCAAGGAUUUUACACUGGACAUUAUAUUAGUCCAAAAUAUGUUAUGAAGUAAAAAUUUUGUUGUGGAAUUAUUUGAGGUUUAAAAGUCUAGCUCUCAAACUUUAUAUCUCUUUGCUUCCUCAGAUGCUCUGUUAUUCGGACUGCAUCAGAAAGGUAAAUUUUGGGUGAAGGACCAAAUUCAAGGUGGGGUUGGGGACUGGUAUUUCAGUGGGACUCAGUAGUCUGUCCUGUCCUUGAUGUUAUUCUAAGAGAGGGGAAAGAAGUAUUGCGUUUCCUGCUUCCUCUGACAUGCACAUCUUCAUCCACCCUUGUGGAUGAGAGGUUCUAGAAUCAAUCUAGCUUGACAUCAGCAUGUUGCAAACUGGCAUUUACUUUUCUGGAUUAAGAAAAAAUACAUUUUUGUGCUCCUAGAGGGUUAGUGUGUUUGCAGCCUCAGUCUUCUCCUUCGUCUUUUGCUUUUGCUGGAUUCUUUGAUCUUGUCCAAAUUAAACAUGAUUUGACUGUUAAUUGGCACUUUUGUUUCAUUCUAAUUAGACAAGUGGUCCACAUACACACAUACAGUGGUACCUUAGUUUAAAAACAGCUUAGUUUAUGAACAACUUGGAUUACGAAUGCUCAAACCCAGAAGUAGGUGUUUUGGUUUGUGAACUUUGCAUUGGAAGCAGAACAUGGGAAGCAGAACUAUGGGAAAACACAUCUUGGUUUAAGAACGCUUUGGUUUAAGAACGGACAUCUGGAACGGAUUAAGUUUGUAAACCAAGGUACCUGUACCAUAUUUACUCAAAUGUAAUGCGCACCGUUCUGGUCAAAUUACGUCACAAAGAUUAGGGUGCACAUUAUAUUUGAUGGCACAUUUACAUUUACCCAAAAACACUUUUUUUGGUUUACCUAUGAGGAGCAACUUCAGUCUUCUCCAUUCACUCAGUAGGUGUUCCCUGUUGCAUUUGUCCUCGUCUUCUAAAUUUGUUGAUUUUAAUCAUGCGGAUUAUUUACCAACAGUUUAUUUGCACACAGAGAUGCCGGCUUCUACUUUUCAACUUGGGCCUAAUCCUGUGUUCAUCAGGGACCCUCAAUAUCGCCAUAGAUUCUGGAACUCACUAGGCAUGGGUCCCUGACAGAUUUUUAAAUAAACAUUUUUUAAAAAUUAGUAAUUAACAAUUUCUUUUCAAUUGUUCCACUGCAAUACACCAUAUAUAAGCAUCAAGAAAUGUAAAAUAAAAACAACCUAUUAACAAACAAUGAAUUAACAGAGUUCAAAUCUUGUUUAGAUUACUGUGAUUAAAGGCUUUUGUUGGCCGUGGCUGGUUCAGAAAGCUUUGUCAGCUGUGGCAGCAUUGGCAUGAAGGUUGUGGCUUUGAUGGCAAUAUGGUUCAACAAUUAUUAGGGUUUGGGGGGGGAUCUCCUUAAAAAAGCUUUGUGGCUAAACUAUAUUUUGACCGUAUUUUUACUAUUUUAAAUAUGGCAACCCUAGCCAGUAGGCUCCCACUACAGCCAACAUGUCCUUGAUGUACUAAAACUGCCCAGUUCAGUUUCUGCACAGCUUGUUUCGAGAUGCUUAAAUAUAAAAAUACAGGUGUGUUUUCAGGACAUUAAAGAGCUUUAAGAUCACUGCUGCCAAAGUCAAAAUCUUAUAAAUUUUGGUCAAAUAGCCUAUAGAGCAACAAACGUUUGCGUGGUGGUAUUGUGGUGAUAAGACAACAAUGUCAGAGGCUCACAAGGGAAGGAAAUCUGUUUUGCGAGGGGCAGGGAUCUCCUUAAAAAAACUCAGCAACUUUCUAGGUAAAGGUAAAUAAAGGUUGCCUAAUUUGAUUCCCUCCCCGGAUUUCAGUGUAAGACUCAGUCCUGAAUGCAAAGCAAUGAAGCCCCUUUUAUCUAAGAGGGACUCUGGUUCCUGGAGUGUUUCUUGGAUCAGGAUGCCCCUUUCUAUCUCUUGGCUGAUUCUGCCUCUCUUUUCUUCAUUUCUCUCCCAACAACAAAUGUCACUCUGUUACUUGACACGUGACUGUUACUUGGCAGUUUUGCUCCAUUCCAAAUAGACAAGUACAGUGGUACCUCAGGUUUAGUACUUAAUUCGUUCUGGACGUCUGUUCUUAACCUGAAACUGUUCUUAACCUGAAGCACCACUUUAGCUAAUGGGGCCUCCCGCUGCUGCCGCGCCGCCGGAGCACAAUUUCUGUUCUCAUCCUGAAGCAAAGUUCUUAACCCAAGGUACCAUUUCUGGGUUAGUGGAGUCUGUAACCUGAAGCAUAUGUAACCUGAAGCAUAUGUAACCCAAGGUACCACUGUAGUUCACACACACAAAUAUCUGAAUUAAUCUAUCAAGAACAACUUCAGUCUUAUUGCAUUUCCCCCAUCUUCUGAUUUGCUGGUUCUAAUCAUAAUGGUGAUCCAUGCGACGGUCACCUCCAGACUUGAUUAUUGUUAAAUAGUGGGUAGACAUAGCAGAUGACACAGCAAUUUCUCCAAAGCAGCUCUUUAUUUGUAAGCUGGAACAGAACUGAACAGCAAACAGCUCAGCCAGCCUGCUUUUACAGUGGUACCUCGGGUUACAUAUGCUUCAGGUUACAUAUGCUUCAGGUUACAGACUCUGCUGACCCAGAAAUAGUGCUUCAGGUUAAGAUCUUUGCUUCAGGAUAAGAACAGAAAUCGGGCUCCGGCGGUGCAGUGGCAGCAGGUGGCCCCAUUAGCUGAAGUGAUGCUUCAGGUUAAGAACAGUUUCAGGUUAAGAACGGACCUCUGGAACGAAUUAAGUUCUUAACCUGAGGUACCACUGUAUAGACAGCCGGCUGUCAACAUUGUAGCAACAACAACCCAGGGUUUCCUGCCUAAAGUAACUGACGUGGACCUGAGUGAAAACUAUAUACACGAUAUUUCUGGUGGCCAGGGUGAGAACUUCAAUACAUAACAAUUAUUGUAACUCACUCUAUGUGGGGCUGCCCUUGAGACUGACCCAGAAACUCCAGUGGGUUCAGAAUGCCACGGUGAGACUCCUUACGGGGUUCUCGCUGCAGGAUCACAUUCACCAGCUGCUAUACCAGCUGCACUGGCUCCCAGUGGAGUACAGGAUCAGGUUUAAGGUGCUGGUUUUAACCUUUAAGGCCCUAUACUGCCUAGGACCCUCGUACCUACAGGAACGCCUCUCCUGGUAUGUCCCAAGGAGGACCUUAUGGUCUUCAAAUAAAAACAUCUUGGAGAUCCUGGGCCUCAGGGAGGUUAGGCUGGCCUCGACCAGAGCCAGGGCUUUUUUGGCCGUGGCCCCAAUCUGGUGGAAUGCUCUGUCACAAGAGACCAGGGCCCUGCGGGACUUGACAUCUUUCCACAGGGCCUGCAAGACAGAGCUGUUCCACCAGGCCUUUGGCCAAGGCACAGCCUGACCCCCUCCUUCGGUAAUCCACAUAGAACUCUAGCCCAAUGGUUGCUAUUAAAUUGAUUUUGAAUUGAUUUUAGAAUGCAUUUCAAUUAAUUGAUUGUAAUUUUAUGUAAACUGUUUUACUUUAAUUGUUGUUAGCUGCUCUGAGCCUGGCUUCGGCUGUGGAAGGCGGUAUAUAAAUAAAUUUAUUAUUAUUAUUAAUAAUAAUAAUAAUAAUAAUAAUAAUAACCAGCAGGGCAUGUGCACACAGAGCUGACUGCUUCCACUUGUUUUCCCAACCCAGAUAGUGUGUCAAGAAACACAGACAGGCAACUGUCCAUUCUCAGCACACACUUUUUAAUGUGGUUUCCAUGUGAAGUAUUCUGGUUUGGGUCCCAACCAGGGAAGAAUGGAUAAUUAAGAUCACGUACUAUGCUGAAAUGGCAAGACUGAACGGGAGAAUCAGAAACCAAGAAGAUGAGAAAUUCAAUAAAGAAUGCUGAAAGUUUAUAGACUAUCUCAAAGAGCACUGUAAACAUUUAAAAACAUUGACAGGACUGAUAUAACAUUUGUAUGAAUUUGAUGGUUAAAAUGGGAUAUAAACAAAAUUUAGAUAAAUAUAAUAAAUCAAGAGCAGCACUGAGUGCAGUGGUCUGGAGCUCAGUUAUCCCCACAUUAUUGCAUUCUCUUCAUAUCGGGUGAAUCCAAACCUACAGUGGGGAAACACUGAGACUGGAUUAUACAAAUUAAUUGGGAAUGCAAACUGCUGCAAAUACAAAGUGCUUUGUGGAUAAAACCUUUGUUCCUACGCACAGGUGGGGUCCUGAAGCUUCAGAGCAGUUGAAGAUUUGAGGCAGGAACAGGCAGCCUACAGUGUUUUGAGGGUGUUUAUGGAGGCUGGGGAAAACACAUGAAAAAGGACUCUCUAGUUCAAUCUCCAUCACUCGGAGCAAGGGAAAGCUCUUCUCCUCUUGCCCCAUCCAUCCCUCCUCUCCUUCACUGGAUAGAAGAGCUGAGGGAAUAUUUUCUGGGUUGUUUUGCUUCUUGGGUGACUGGAUUGACAGGAGGGACACAAUAAAAGGUGCAAAAACAAUAUUUAAAAAGCCACAGGGAAAGUAUUUAUUCUGAGGUUAGUCUGGGAGAAAGAGGGGAGGGUCCCAAUCCUGAAUGAAAAGUGAGGAAGCCCCAUUUAUCUGAGCGGAAAUUUGGUUCUUCUGGGUGUUUCUUGGAUCAGGAUGUCUGUCUCUGCCUCUCGGCUGAUUCUGUCUCUCUUCACUUUUCCCAUCUUCUCCCCAACAGGAAAUGUCACUCUGGAUCCAGACACAGCCCACCCGAUUCUCAGCCUGUCUGAGGAUCGGAAAAGUGUGAGAUUGGAAGACAAGCCUCAAGCCCUGCCCAACAACCCUGAGAGGUUCAGUGACCGGCCUUGUGUGUUGGGACGUGAGGGAUUCACAGCAGGCAGACAUUUCUGGGAAGUCACUGUGGGAAGUGAGCAAUAUUGGGUUUUGGGGGUCGCCAGAAGGUCUGUGAGGAGAAGGAGCUUAGAUUCUAUGAGAGGCCACUUAGAUCCCUUUCAUAUCUCAUCAGCUUUGAAAUUAAAAUAUGACAUAAGCCCUGAGGGAGGGAUCUGGGCUGUGGGGAAGUGGGAAUGCAAGUACUGGGCCUGCACCUCCCCGGAUUACUUUCUUCUGCCCCUGAGUGAGGAGCCCAAAAGGAUUCAAGUGUCUCUGGACUAUGAAGUGGGACGUGUGUCUUUUUCUGAUGCUGACUCAGGAGUUGAACUCUACACAUUCUCAGGAACCUCGUUCUCUGGGGAGACCCUCCUCCCUUACUUUUUUCUGUGGGGAUCUGAAACCCACCUCAGGAUCUCUAGUUAAGAGCAAAAUUGACAUCUUUGCAGGUGCCCUGUGAGAGGAGUCAUUCCAGUCACACUCGGAGGAAACUACAAAACAAAAUCUGGGAUUUUCUUUUCCCUUCCCUUUCCCAUAAUUUCCUCUGCAGUGGAGUCCUUAAAGAGAGGGAAACACUUUAACCAUCUCUAUAAACAACCUAUUCCUCAAAAGGAUUCACCCGCCACCCCCUGCAAUCCUGGUUCUGUUGUUCACCUUCCUCUCAUGACCAGACCUCCAAUGGUUGUUAAAAUGCCCACAUAAUUGCAUUAAUAGAUUACUGGAAAACAAUUCCCCCAGCCACCUUUGAAACUAAAGCUCCUAGUCUUGUGGAUCUCAGGCAGGAAGGAAAUAUGAAGACUGUCUGUGAAGCCCCAACUUCCAACCCCUUGCAAAUGCAGCCUCCCCAUCUCCACAUUUCCUCAGAGAGAAAUCUCACUGAAUUCAGAGAUUAUGGGAGUUGUAGUCCAGCAACUUGGCUAUAUCUGCCCUAUAUAAUUCACAUGGCGUCAUUCCUGUGGCUCCCAACCUAAAUGUGGGAUAAUCCCCCAAAGAGGGUCUUUUCAGUAUUACCUGCAUCUUAUUUACCUCCCCCUGCCCUCGCUUUUAAUAAUUAUGGUUUAAUAUAUUUGAAUUCUUGUAACUAUUUUGUUUUCUCUAUUGUUGAUUUUCAGUGUUGUUCAUGACCUUAUGUUGAUUUUUAUGUUUUUACAUUAUUGUGGUGUUGGUACAGCUUUUCUGUUGUUGAUUUUUAAUCAGCUAUAUUUGAAUUUGUGAACAGCCCAGAGUGCAUGGUUAUAUGGGAGGUAUAUGAAAGCCCCCAAAAUGAAAUUGUCUAAAAGAAAAGUUCCAAAACCUCCUUAGCAGGUUGUUGAAGGGCCCCUUCAGACUGAUGGGUUUUUGCCGGUGUUUGUUGCAAGAUGUCAUUGAUGCAAUAAUAGUGCAUUGCCAUGGAUUCAUUCUGGACCAUCUAUACAGCUGCUUUAGUAGCUAUUCCGUGAUACUUCCAGUAUGUUACCCCAUUAUUGCCAUUUGGAGGGGCACUCUUGGGCUGUAAGGGAAUAAAUGAGGACCAAAAGAAAAACCUACAACAGAACAUUACUGAUAUGAAAAUUUAUAGGAUUUCAGCAGGAAAUGACAGGACACAGACUGAUCAGAAAAGAACCAGUUAUGAAGACUGCAAAGCUUUGUGGGCACAAAUAGUAUUGAAACUGGGAUUGCAUAGACUUCCCAGGCAGCAUCAUGCGUAGAAAUCAUCACAAAUACACAAUAAAAGGAAUAUGCAUAAAUCCUGGGAGUGUUUGCAUUCUGUCCUGGAGAGG